UUCGCGUCGCGUUUGGGACGAGCUGUCAAAAAAAUGGAAAAUACAUCACAUUUUCAAGAAGAAAAUGCGAUUGAUGAUGAAAACAGAGAACAAGACAGUUCUUGUUACACUCAUGUAUCUUUUGACAGUUCAAAUGAUUCACUGAAUCCUCAGAACUAUGAAAAUAUAACAAGAAAUGGUCUCGACAGUAUGCAUACUUGCCAGACCUUGAACACAACCAUCGAAAAUAUUAAGCAAGAAGAGGGUUACAGCAUAGGUUACAUCCAGAAUACUCUAUCUGAUGACCAGAUUUAUAUGCAGAUCAAUCCUGGUGAACUUCACAUGCCAGAGAACCCAUCUCAUGUCACUCUAACUAUAGAAAGCCAAAAUCCAGACACAAAGAAUAAAGAGAUCACAAGGUUUAAAUGUGAUUUUGCUGGAUGCCCAAGGACGUAUAGCACACCUGGAAAUCUCAAAACACACAAGAAAACACACAAAGGAGAAUACACGUUUAUAUGCAAUGAAUCAAACUGUGGGAAACAGUUCCUGACAUCCUAUGCAUUGAGGAUUCAUGUCCGGGUACACACGAAGGAGAAACCCUUUGAAUGUGAAGUUUCAGGCUGUGAGAAAACUUUUAACACAGUUUACAGACUUCGUGCACACCAAAGAGUACACACCGGCAAUACAUUCAAUUGUAAUGAAGAUGGAUGUACUAAAUUUUUCACAACUUUGAGUGACCUACGGAAACAUAUUCGCACCCAUACAGGUGAAAAACCAUACAAAUGUGAGUUAGAUGGAUGUGGAAAAGCAUUUACAGCUAGUCAUCAUUUAAAGACACAUAAACUGAUACAUACAGGGGAGAAACCAUUCCAGUGUAAUCAGUGUGACAAUAAAGGGUUCACGACGUUACACAGUCUGAAAAAUCAUAAAAACAGGCACAACAAACAAGAAAUCAAACAGAGUGUAAAGUCAAUAGAAGAACAGAAAACUGAGAGUACACAUCAGAUUAUAAGUGCAGAGGAAUUUCUUAACAUGUUUGGUGUGAGCUAUACAGAUUCUACAUCAGAAAAUGAUACCAUUACAUUGUUUCCAAUGGAUGAAGAAGAAAAUGGCAACAGUGAAAAUGUGAAGAUAGAGUCCGUGGAACCUGUUGUGAAUGUGCCAUUGAGUACCACUUCAGAAGAUGGUACUGCAAGUUGUGAUAAGUCUGUCAGUUCUGUGGAAACUAAUACAAAUUCUAAAGUGAUAAUUAAUGUACCUAGAAUAAACAGGAUAAAAUGCAGUACUGUAAAGCAAAAAGGUUUGAUACACCGUAAAGAGACAAUAAAUUCAAAUAAAGUUAAUCCUACACCUGUCGAAAGAAAGCCAGAGCCUAAGAAGUCUUUUCCACGUGUUAUAAAGGUGCGGGCAAUUCCAAAAGCUUCUGCUACGGUGACAACAGCAGAAUUAUCAAAGACGGAGCCAAGUGGCGAGGCAGUAGAAGUGCCUGAGGUGGUUCCCAAUCUCCUUGCAGUGCCAGAGCCCAGUUUUACAGCAGUUCCUAUGGAGGCAGACUCUGACUGUACACAGGAAGUUCAGUUGCCUGGUUCCAUGAUUCCGGUAACAGAGGUGAAACAAGAAGAACCAGUCGAUGGAAUUGAAGGAUAUGAUAUAUUGCCAGACAGUGCUCUGGAAAAUAGUGCAAACAGUACCGAUAUUCACACAGAAGGUGAGGGCGGGGAGAAUGUUUUGGUGCAGCAUUAUCUUCUUACAAGCAUAAUAACAAACACUCCAUCAGGCCAACAGACAAGUCAGUUAAUAACAACACCAAUAGUAUUACCGUCUGGGUCUGAAGUUUCUGCCGAUAAUGUCACUACUGUACCGAUACAACUUGUAGGAAAUACUGUUAUAGCUGGCGAUGAACAAGGGGUUAUUGCGGGCAAUAACUUAAUUGAAACGAAUGAAAAUAACAAUUCAGACCAUGUCCCAGUUAUUGAAAUGUCCAAUGAUGAGAUUAUGCCGUCAGAUGUAAUAAAUGUUAGCAGUGAAAAAUUUCCCGAAAAAAACACAAAAGAAGUGCCUGGUGCCGCUCGAUGCAUACCGUUAUACCACGAGUCUCAUUCUAGGGACAAAAUUAAUCUUACAUUUCCUCAGCAAGUGGAUGAUAAUGAGUCCAUGCAUGAAAAUGCUAAUCAUUCCAUGGAUAUUGUCCAAGUACUUGAAUCCAUGAUAGACGAAAAUAGCUCAGAUAUGGUGACAGGCAGUUCUCAGCCUGACCCCCAUUGCCAAGACAGAUGCUCCGAUUACACGGAAUUUGUUGAUACCAACAAAGAAUAUGUGCUAAUUAAUCCUGUGGCAGAUGAUUUUCAGUAUCAGGAUGAUCUUGAAACGUCUUUGCCAGGUUCGGUGGCAGAGAAUUCAGAUGUGAUCAGUUUAUCAAUGGCCGCCUCUCAGGAACUCUCGGAUGCCCUGUCAAGUUUAUGAUUUGUAUACCAGUUAGGCUUUACACAUAUUUUUUCGAUAGCAUUACAGAUAUUUCUUUUGAAUCAAAAAUGAAUUCAAUGUUUACAAUUUCCGACAUCUAGCUUUUGAACUGUAGUCAUGACAUAAAAUCAGGGGACGUUGUCUUUUAGAUUCUGUAUAGUCUUUUAAGGCUGUGACUAUCAUAAAAUUUAUGUUAUUAGUUCAUAAGCGCUUAAAUCAGUAAUUGUUGCCUGCUUUUGUCACAGUCUGAUUUUUGCAUUUCAGUAAUGCUUUUGCGUCCAUUGUGGCCUGGCCCAGUGUUCACAAAACAUUUUUCGCUCUCAGCUGAGUUUGAGUUUGAAAUUUCAAUAUCAAUUUUACUAAAACAUCAAGACUUAAUUUCAACUGAAACUGACCAUCACUACUGAAGUCAUUUGAAAAUAGUUAAUAACUUGAAAUUUAGUUUCAAACAUGCUAUUUAGAUAUAAAUGACAAAUAAAGUUUCAUUAUCAAACUCAGCUGAGACUGAAAAUGUUUUGUGAACACGUGGCCAGGUGGCUAAGUUUGCAAACUUUGAAUUACUUACCCUUAAUCGCUGUGGGUCGGAAACAUCACUUUAGGUGCUGAAUUCUUUAAGUGAGAAAGCCAUUCUGUUUGCUUCUCCCAGAUGCCUGCCUGUGCUUGAAAUAAUACCUGGAUAGUCACCUUGGGUCUUCCUCAGUCAUCAAACAUGACCUAAAUUUGUGCCAGUGUGACUUUUAAACUUAACUAAACAAAUAGUGCUUUUACUUAAUAUAUAAUGCAUUUGUUAGCUUGGUUAGUCAGGAAGUACACAGGUAUGUUUUUCAGCUUCAUUAGUUGGUCUGGGAAAAAUGCCUUUUCAAAAAGCACAAUUUUCCGGAGUUUUGCUUUUCCCAGAUCAUUCUUUUCCCAAUUUCAAUGCAGAAAUUUCCAAUUUCAAAGACAUUAUCAUAGGAAACAUCAUUUAAUCUUCUUAAUAUUCAAUUUGCUACAGAUUGCAGAACAAAGAUUUUAGUUACAGGGGCAUGUUAAAAUGGACUGGUGUCAAGGACUUUCAAAUUAAAUUAUAAAAAUUGGGAAAAAUGAACAUUCUUCUCAAUAAGAUGAAUAUUUUCUGUUGGAUCUAAUAUAAAUUAUUUCCUUAAAAUAAUUUCAUUUAUUCCUCGAGACUUAAAAUGUUUGUUAGUUGCUAAGGAUUCGGGAUUAAUCGGCCUUUAUUAUUCAGUUGAACUGGUUCUCGUUUUAUUAAUACAGUACUGAUGUGCAUGUUCAGCGAGCCGAGAACACAGCCAGUUGAUCGAUAUAAAAGCAAAAAGCCCGUGCAGAUUUCUCACAUUGCGUCUGAAAGGGCGAAUAGACCGUUAUUAUACACUGACAGAAUCUACAGUUCUUCUACAUGUCGUUCAGUAAAGAUAACUUAAAGUAAUCUUAAAUUGAGAUGCCGCAUGAACGUGUUAGACCUAAACGACAAGGCCGGGAAAGGAAGGACGAAGGUCACAGGCAAAAUGUAAGAGCAAAAUCGUCAACAACAGGAAUAUCACCAUAGGACGAGAGGAGAGAAACAAAGGCCGGCCAGGAAC